AUGACUCAUAAGAAGCCUGCCAAUCUUGCUGCUGUUCUUUUGUUUGUCUCUGGCGAGCCUAUACCUCCAAUGAGAAGCCAAGUUCAGAUUAACACAAGCUGUGAGUAUGACAAAGAAAUCGACUUGCAUCCGUUUGCUUUCCGAACGCAUACUCAUGCUAUGGGACGAGUGGUGUCGGCAUUUUACAAACAUGAUGGACAAUGGAAUAAAAUCGGAGUUAGGAAUCCGCAAUGGCCUCAGUUGUUCGAAACCAUUACCCACAACCCAGUGAUCAAGAAAGGUGAUUUGAUGGCGUCCACAUGCCGUUUUGACUCUCACGACAAGAAAGUUGCAGUGUCUAUGGGAUCUAUGGGAGUCAAUGAGAUGUGCAACUUCUACAUGAUGUUCUACUACAAUGCCAGCCAGGAAAAUCCAUUCCCAUGGGGAGCCAUUUGUGCAGGACGCGAUCGAAUUGAAGAAAUGCAAAACGAAUAUCCCAAGGAAGGCACGCAGUUACUUCCAUCUCGACCGGAACUUGAACAUCAUGCCCAUCAAAGCACGGUAGGUUGUUUAUAAGU